AUGCGACCAAUAAUUCCAAUAAUUUUAUUAACUAUUAUAUCAACAAGGCCAGUUCAUGGAUUCAUAUGGCUACCGUUUGCGAAUCUUGGGUCCAUGUUUGAAACAUUGAAGCAGACUGCUUUCCAUGAGAAAUUGGAUUUCAAUGAGCCUGAUUCCCAAUACUCUUUUCUAGAAUUUGGAAAAGACUUGUUCAACAACAUUGGUCAAUAUCUUACAUCGGCCAUUGGGAAUGAUGAUAAAAUGAAAAUCGCGUCAAACUUAAGAGAGCUUUUCAAUUUAACAACCACUACAGUAGCUCCAAAAACUCCAAAGCGGUUUCGUCCAAAGAUCAUCCCAGUAGACAAGCCUGAAACCACUACAAUACCCCAACCAAUGCCCACAGUGUUCACGUUUCCCUACACCACACCACAGUUCACAACAAGCACUCCAGCUCCUGAAAUUCCAAUAACUUAUGAUCCACGACCCCGAUUUCGGUAUACAACCACAACUGAGCCAGCGAUCAUAAAAUUUGUGAAAACCACAAAAGCGCCAAGUACGACAACUGAGGAGAUGGAGACAACGGAAGAUGUAUCCACAACUACACCAGAAACUUCAAAAGCGUUGCCACAGUACCAAAUCUGGCCUACCACCACCAGACCAUUCAUCCAAGUUGCUAAGCCAAUAAUUAGAAUACACUACAUCGGUUUUCUUCACCACUCCAUGACAACGGAAGCUACAACUACUGAAGAACCGGUAACAACUACAGUAACCUACCCAAUAUCCCCUACGGAGGUCCCAUUUGUGUAUAGCUCCACAGCUGGAAUUCCGUACAUCAUCAAGGCCCGAAAGUUCACACGGCCUCCAAUUAGUGAGAAAAUUGCGGUCACAUCAUUGCCACAAAUUCAUAAAUAUGAUACUUGUGUCCCCGACCAGCGAUGCUCGAUCAAACUGAAGAGUUUCGAAACUUCGGAUCCACUAUUCCAGUACUGUUACAGUCAUUCAACAAUGAUUGAUAAUUCAAUUCAAGACUUGCUCAGGAUUCAGGAUACCCAAACCGCCACAUCACUUCCCCAACACAUUUCAUGGCAUAGUUCAGUGACACCAGAAGUGGUUCAAUUGGUUCAGACUCUGAUGUCGUUGUAUAGACCUUCGAGGUGUCUAGUCAUAGGUGUGUUUACUGGUCUUGGACUUCUUGGCGUCGCUGAACGAGUUGAUUCACGAGGAAUCGUCGUUGCUCUUGAACAUCCUGCCUACGCAGUUUUCUGGGACAAAGUCGGCCAGAAACACGCCAGAAGACUAACUGCGACUCAAAUGUCCAGAAUCCAAAUGCGAACUUCUGAAAGUAUUGAAAAAUCUCUACCCAGAUUGGCCACUAAUGAGCCCAACACGUUUGAUUUUGUAUUUUUGGACGAUUUCAAAAGAGAAAAUUAUUUGGAUGACUACGAGCAUGCGAUCAGGCUUAUUCGAAGUGGAGGAUUGCUAAUCAUCAACCAGGUCCCUCGAUGUCAGAAAGUUGUUACCCAUUUCUUUUUGUUUCAGGCACUUAAUAGCGGUGGAGUGAUGUCUUCAAUCGAUCACAUGACCAACGAUGACAGGGUCAUUCGAAACAUGAACAUACGCAUCAAACAAGACCCUAGGGUAUCGGCAUCUCUCCUACCGUAUGGCGGUGGCACAUGGAUAGUUACCAAAAACUAA